AUGUUUAAACACAUACAGCCUGUCAUGCGCAAUCUCAAAGGAGUCAGAUGGAGUCAUACCCGACCAACCGUUGCAGUGCUGUAUCAAGCAAUCGAGCCCCCGGUGAUCAACGGAGUCCGCAAGCCGCGCAAGCCAGGUGGAUAUCAAGAUUCGGGCGCAGAUAUUGCAUAUACAUUGCGUGCCAAGGGAAUCGAGGUUCUAACGCCACAGCCCUCUCCUGUUGGCCAUGAGGGAUGGUGCUUCCCUGACUCUGAGCAGGGGAUAUCUUCCGCUGUAGCCCAGGGGGCCACCCAUUUAUGGGCGAACACUAUUGUUUUUUCUUCUCACCCUUUGCAGACAGCAUCGUGUUUGGACUCUCAUGCCCCGACACUACGGGUAGUAGGCCAACCGCCUGGCCUAGUCGAGAAAUUCGACGAUAAGAUGUAUCUCAAUAAUCAGCUACGUGACCGCGGAGGAUUCAACUUGCCCCGAUCAUGGGAGGUAAAAGCAGGCGAUGAUCUGGAAGCCUUGGUUCAAACGAUUCCCGGAUAUCCCAUUGUUGGCAAACCAGUUCGAGGACGCGGUAGCCACGGCGUCAGGGUGUGCCACAGCGCAUCCGAGCUGAAAGAUCAUAUCAAGACACUCCUUUCAGAGUCACCCAUUGUGUUGCUAGAGGAGUUCCUGGCUGGUGAAGAGGCAACCAUCACAGUGAUGCCUCCAUCUCCCGACCGGGCGCAGUACUGGAGCAUGCCGCCUGUAACCAGGUUCAAUCACCAGCAAGGCAUUGCGCCCUACAAUGGGACAGUUGCCGUGACUGCGAAUUCGCGCGUGGUAUCCGAAGAGGAAAUGAGUGAUCCCACAUACGGUGAGGUGAUGCGUCAAUGUGAAGGUGUGGCCAGUCUCAUUAGAGCUACGGCUCCCAUCCGCAUUGACGUCCGACGCUUCCGGCCUAAGUCCGAAUUUGCUAUUUUUGACAUCAAUAUGAAACCCAUGAGUAAUAUGACUGGCCCUGGUCGACCGGGUCGAGAGGAUCAGGCUAGUCUGUCUGCCAUGGCAGCGGCGGGAUGCGGAUGGGACUACCCGACGUUGUUGGAACAUAUUUUGGCUGGCGCCUCGAUUCUGCAGGUUUUCCGUGAAUACCGCAGUCCCUUGUAG